UUUCCAGCGAGCAUUUUGCUACAAAUCAAGUAUCAACGAUCUGUAACAAACAGAGUAAUGGACUCAAUAACCAGAUUGACAGCUGACAAGCCAGUGGUAAUCUUCAGCAAAUCCUCUUGCUGCAUGUGCCACACCAUCAAAACACUGAUUCGCAGUUUUGGUGCAAACCCAACUGUCUAUGAGCUUGACGAGCUUCCAAAUGGGCACCAACUAGAAAGGGCACUGGUCGCGUCAGGCAGAAGACCAAGCGUGCCGGCUGUUUACAUAGGGGAAGAAUUGGUGGGCGGAGCAAAUGAGGUCAUGAGCCUCCAUGUCAAGGGAAAGCUAGUCCCAUUGCUGAAGCAGGCUAAAGCUAUAUGGGUAUGACGUUAAUUAACUGCAGCAAAGAAUGCUCUCGCCAACU